AUGCAACACGACCGUGACCGGUACGACAGCGAGGAAGAUGAUGAGGAAUCUCUCCCUUUCGAUGGUAUUGAGAAGGCUUCUGUGCUUCAGCAGUGCCGCGUGUUCAACGACGUGCAGCUCGAUAUCUCAGCCUGCCUGCGCUGUUUGACGGAGUGCUUAUACCUCAUUUAUACGGGAACUACAUUUACAGAAGCAGAAGCCACGGAACUUUUCUUUAUGUCAACAAAGCUGCUUCAGUCAAAUAGAUCAAGGUUGCGACGGUUGCACUACGUGCUGAUGAAGGAGCUCAGCCCAUUUGUCGAGCAGAGCUUUAUUGCAUCCAACUCACUUAUGGGUGACACCAAAAGCAACAAUGAGUCUAAUAAGCGAAAUGGUAUGCGUACCCUCUGCAAGGUAAUGAAUCCUUCACUUUACCCUUUGUUGGACCGUACCAUCGUGGAGUCCCUCACGUCGCGGAGCGAGAAGGUCCUAUUAGCCUCUCUCAUUACAGGCUUCCACGUGGCAUUGAGCCACCCCGAUUUAGCGCGCAAGUGGAGUACGCAGCUGAACGAAGCCAUUCGAGUGCUGGGAAACACGCAAUACCUGACUGUCGCGAUCAUGCAUAUUAUCCGCAAGAGCGACCGCGUUACUGUUAAGCGGUUCAUUGAGCAGGUAAGAAAUGGGGUGGUUCGGUCUCCCCUUGCUCUCUCUUUCCUCGUGAAGUUGACAACCGACGUUCUGCAGGAGGGGUUCGAGGAAGAUCCCGAGGUCAAAAAAUACAUUGCCACUAUGAGGCAUAGCAGCAGUGAAAUUGUGGUGUUUGACACGCUGAGGUGUAUGUGUGUGGCCGGCAACGCGUCGCCGCAGCAAUUUGCGUUAGUUGCCUCGGUCGCGCAGAUAUAUUUGAACGCGAAAACCAGUGUAUCGCGUUUCUGCGCCAUUCGCGUUCUGCACGAUCUCGCCGCAAUAUACCCUGACGCGGUAACACCCAUCAGUUCCGAUAUUGAGCAGCUCAUAAUGGAUCAAAACCGCUUCACCGCCUCUUUUGCAAUGCUAACAUUAUUGAAAACUGGCACGGAAGCAUCUGUUGAGCGGCUUAUCGGUGCGCUUGGUAGUGUGGGACAACUGCGAGAAUUACCCGAUGAAUUCAAGGUGGCUAUUACACUCGAACUGCGGAGCGUGAGUGCGAGAUUUCCACAAAGGUAUAACUUGUUCCUCGGCUUCCUUGUCAAGCUGCUAAGUGAUGAUGGCAGCAGCACCUUUAAGGAAAGCAUCGUUGAGGUGAUUACGAGCGUAGCAAAAGCGAAUGAUGGCGCAAGGGAGGCCGCGCUCAAACACCUUGUCGAUUAUGUCGAAGACUGCGCCCACGUUAGCAUUCUUCACCGAGUGCAUAUGUACCUGGGCGAUGAAGUUCCACGGUCCGAAAACCCAGCCCUUUUCAUCCGCUAUAUUAACAACCAUGCUGCUCUGGAGUUCCCGGAGGUGCGGGCCGCCGCCGUCAGCACAUUCGCGAGAAUCGCUGCCCGCGUUCCAUCGCUGCGCCGAUCUAUUCUCCCGUUGUUGAAGCACAAAUGUAGCGACGAGGAUGACGAGGUGCGAGACCGCGCCAUUAUGUACACAAAAGUGUUCUUGCUGGGCGACGAAGACGUGAUUCAUUCAAUGGUGACGGAGGUUUCCAAUACCGUGGCCGCGAGGCGAAAGUUGAUAACCCCCAUGACCCCCACGCCACUUCUGGAGCCAGUCAAGCGAAGGAUGUGCCAAGCGGACCACUCGACGGUGGCGGUUGAAACAGGAAUUGGUAAAGAAGCGGCUCACAGUAGCAGUGGAGGCGGUUCAGUUCCGGGCAACCAGUACUCCUCGGCAAUAUCGGAGGGACGUGCAAAACUACUGAAAAUCAAGCAGUUGCAGGAGCUGGGUGAACCUCGUGCGUCAAGUGAGCCGGUGCCCCUAUCAGAUCCCGACAGCGAGUACUUUGUAACACUCAUUAAGCACGUAUAUGUCGCCCAUGUGGUGUUGCAAUUUAGGGUCAAAAACACCAUGGAUAGUGUGGUCUUCCGUCGCGUUACGGUGGAGAUGGACACGGAAGAGUUGGAUGCAGAGCCGCUCUAUGCAAUACCCAUCAGCGCCAUCGAGCCUGGAGCUACAGAGUAUGCUUAUGCGGUUCUACAAUACAGCGAAGGGAGGUACCCAAGUGGGACGCUGGGCUGCCGUAUCAAGUUCGCUUUACAGGAGCGUGAUGGCAGUAGUGUCGCUGGUGAAGGUGAAGAAGAGUACCCACUUGAGGAUUUCGAAGUCAACGUGAGUGACUUCAUUACGCCAAUCGAUCUUGGUGAAUGUUUUCAACAGAAGUGGGAGGAACUUCGGCAAGAGGAAACAUGUGGGACGUAUGCCUUGAGCUCCAUGCGCAACCUCACUGCUGCCGCGCACGAGCUGGUAGAAUUCUUCGGCAUGCAUGUAGUUGGGGGGAAAGUGGAUAAAAUUACAGCGGCAUCCCAUACACUUCUUAUGUCGGGAAGUAUGGUAGAUGGCGCAAGUUCGCUCGUGAUGAUUAACGCUCGUCUGUUCAUUGCCACAGACAACACUGUGGCCCUGCAACUAACUUUGAGGGGUGGUAGUUCCGAAUUGCGUGAAUAUCUCUCUGGUGCGCUGCUGUCGUAG